AUGCAAGUCAACCAUGACGAAAACGAAACCGAACACAUGGACAACCAACCAAACCAAGAUGACGAAAACAAUACAAUUCACUCGAAUUAUUUCGAACAAGAUUCUUCAGUAGGAAAUGAAGGAGAAGAAAGAAUCAGCUUCACGUUGCUGAACUCGAUACUAAAAUGUUCUAGUUUGCCUGGGCUGUAUCCUAUCGACGAAUCAAGUAGCACACUGACUUUUGGCUUCUGGUACACACUGCAGGAUGAUAUCAUAUCUUUAGAUUCCUCCGAAUGCACACAGCUGAUGCUCACGAUAAAGCCGUACUAUAGAGAUCUCGUCUGUAUAAUGCUGACAAAGUCUAUGUUCCCGUCAGUCGAUGACAAUAGUUGGUCGCUGGACGACAAAGAAGUGUUCCGAUGUUAUCGCCAAGACAUUGCAGAUACUUUCAUGUAUUGUUAUGCCGUACUGAAUCUGGAAAUGUUAGAUAUUCUGAACACAAAGCUCAACGAAUCUCUUGAAGAGGCCGUAACAAGCGAGAGGAAUGGACCCAUUCAAUGGAAUCGUGUUGAGACUGUCCUGCAUGCUUUUGGAGCCGUUGCAGAAAGCAUCGAGUAUGAAAAUCUUUAUCUGCCUAAAUUGAUGAACACAAUUAAAGAUAUUCCGUUCAAUAAUGUACACGUGAGAGUUAUGGCGACAGCACUCGAAACAGUAGGUGCGUAUUCUGAAUGGCUCAUGGACCAUCCUUAUUUAUUGGAAAAUGUGUUUCCCUUGAUACUAUCUGGUUUAGCCAAUCCCGAGGUGUCGACCAGUGCAACAAUGGCAUUAAAAGAUAUAACCCACAAUUGUCAGAAGUAUUUGACACCGUUUGCCGAUCAUAUUUUAAUAACAUCUCAGUCAUCUAGUACGACAAGUUCACUGGAGACGAAACUGAAAAUUUUAGCUGCUCUAUUUAGUUCUCUGCAUGUAGAAGACCAAGAGAAAGUCGAUCAACCCAUUCUCGUUGUUAUGCAGAAUGUUAUGCCCCUGUUCAGAAGUAUUGGAGAAAAAUAUUGCCGAAAUCAAGAAGUUAUAGAAGAAUUGAGUGUGGUGAUUAAAUAUGGAGUGACAACUUUGAAAGAUGAUUGCAAACCUCUCAUUAGUAAUGUAUUGCAAUUACUAGUUACCAUUUAUAGAGAAUGUCCUCAAGCCAAUAUUUUGAUAGUGGCAAAAACAGACCCAAAAGGACCGAUUGAUGCCCAGUAUGAGUAA